AGAAACAACCGUUUUGUUUCAUUCAUAUGAAUGUGGCCACUUUCCUAUUUCUUACAAAUUUGACAUCUUUUUCUCUCACCCAUUUCUCAAAAUCCUAACUUUUUCUCUUUUCUCUGUUGAAACCUUCAUUUUGAACUAAAAAAAUGGCUAUGGCUAUUAGUGCUUGGAGACUUGGAUUUCACUUCAGUGCAACUACUGAUAAUAGUUUGAGAGUUUUGGAAAAACCCAUUUUCCGUGUCCCUUUUUUGAAUGCUUCUUCUGGGUUUAUUUCUACUAAACCAUGUUACUUUCUUCAUAAAAGAAGGUUGUUAUCUUCUGGAACUACUAUUAUCCCUCGAGCGGCAGCACCUGCUACUGAUGUGCAGAAUGGAAAUCAAGGGGAGACUGAUACCGUUCCGACCCCAAUAGUCAUAAUUGACCAAGACUUGGAUCCAGAUGCAACUGUGGUGGAGAUAACUUUCGGUGAUCGGCUUGGAGCUCUUCUCGACACAAUGAGAGCAUUAAAAGACUUAGGCCUCAAUGUCGUAAAGGCAAAUGUCUUUCUCGAUUCUUCUGGCAAGCACAACAAGUUUUCCAUCACAAAAGCUGAUACUGGCAGAAAAGUGGAAGAUCCAGAGUUGUUAGAGGCAAUUCGUUUGACAAUUAUAAAUAAUCUGAUUCAGUAUCACCCGGAAUCAAGUUCUCAGUUAGCAAUGGGAGCAGCUUUUGGACUUCUACCUCCAAAAGAGCAGGUUGAUGUGGACAUUGCAACUCACAUAAAUAUUUCCGAUGAUGGGCCAGAUCGAAGUUUGUUCUAUGUGGAGACAGCUGAUCGACCUGGAUUACUUGUCGAUCUUGUAAAAAGUAUUACUGACAUUGACAUUGCUGUUGAAUCUGGAGAAUUUGACACUGAGGGACUCUUGGCUAAGGCAAAGUUUCAUGUUAGCUACAAAGGCAAAGCAAUCAGCAAGCCCCUGCAGCAGGUUCUUGCUAACAGCUUGAGAUAUUUCUUGAGGCGUCCGGCAACUGAGGAAUCCAGUUUUUGAAGGGUAUCUCUUUCGAUUUCAACAAUGUGCAUGGCAUUAUAUUUUCUUUUGGAGUAUAACACCACCAUGGAUUGGUGAAUGUUUGCAUUCAUUGUUUCAUUGGGAGGAGAAAUGAAGAAUAACUGGAAUGUGCAUUAAAAUCAUAAAACUGAAUUAACAGGGAUAUAUGAUUGUAAAGUUACAUUUGUCAAUUACUUACAUAAAAUUAUUUUCAACUUUAAA